AUGAAAUGCCAACCCGUAUUUGACAAAUUCUUGUUUAAUGCUGGCCUGUAAAGUGAAUUUGUUUGAGACUUUUGUUCAACUUUCAGAACAAAUCAACGAGUUCACCAUCAGUUUUGUCAUCAUUUACAUUCAAAAUAUCUUCUUUUAUGUUUCACAAAAGAAAGAAUGUCGAUUUGAACGAAUUUGUGGGAACUACUACCCUUUAAAGAUAAAAUAAAAUUGUGUUAGCAAUAGCAUGCAUCACCAUUAUCUAAUGGGACACCUGGAUUGUACCACAAAGUAUCAGUGGUUAGGAAUGUCUGUCUGUUGCUAUCAGUCUAUCACAUAAGAAUGGAACCAGAAAUGCAGUCUUUUCUGGUUAAACCUGACAGCAACAGACAUAUAUUCACCAGCAUCUCCAACUACAUGGUCACCUGUUUAUCCUCUAUAGUCCUACAAUAAAUACCAUUAUUUUAGGGGGGGCACACACACACACACAAAAGUAAGCGCACACACAAGUGAGCAAACUCCCACUCCUAUUUGUAAAUAUUAAGCCGCAAAACGUCUAUUUAAAUAUGACUUCUGCCCGUCUCUGUGCUAAUGUAUGGCGCAGACGCGCGGGUUUGUUUACUCAUACAGAAGCCCGCAGCGAUAUUAACGUCUGCCGCCUCACUAAAUGAGAACAUAAAUACACGAACAACAUCUCCAGAACUGCUCUGAGAGUCACUUCAUGAGCAGUUGACCGUUUCAUUUGAGAAAAACUAUCCUCAUAUCAUAUACACGCAGAAAUGUAAAGGUAUUCACGGCAAGCCGUCAAAAUAAAAGUUCGGUUUCACUUGAAGACAUUGGGCAGAACGUAAUAGACUACUACUACUAAAACUAUUAAAACCUUAUCUUUAAGGAAUAAUCAUACAAUGUCUUCAAUGUUAUUAUCAAUAUUAGAUCCCCUUUAUUGUCCAAAAAAUAAGAUUUGUUUAAUUUUUAUUCAUUAAAAUAUGAAUUAAAGGAAUGUUUUUAUGUCGGGAAAAAAAACGGAACACGUUUUUUUCCCGACACGACCACAAACCCUCCCCCACGGUCGCAUAGGGGAAACACUGAAUAUUAUUUGAUUAUCAUCAAUAAGAAUAAUAUGUUGUAGCGAAUGCAGUAAAGUCAACUGGAAGAAUCCAUUUAAUAUCUGGAUAAAGCUAUGAGUUAGCAUUCCUAUUCACCUCAAUGGCAGUUACUCAGCUGACACAGUGAGAGGACACAUCUGCCAUCUUUGCUAAUGCUAAUGCUUAUUUCUGCUACUAGAUUGUUUUGUGCACCUAAUCCUAAAUGCCACUAAUGGUUCAACAGCCACAAGAAAAUGACAACAUUAAUUGGCACCUCAAGAAUGCUCACAGUCCCAAUCCUUUAAGCUCAUCUGAAAUGUCAAACACCUCGCCUUGAAAGAAGACCAAAGUCGCCACCAGCAGUCAAGGGAGGAGUGAAAAAGCAGUGGUCAAGUCAGAAAACACCUACUUCUCACACUGGACUGGACCAACAAUCUAUGUAAGCAAUGGUAAAUAUCACUCUUACAUCUAUUAUUGAUCAAGUGGAUUUUUAUGAAGACGCAUAAGUAUUCCAUUACAUCUAUUUUUAAAUUGCACUAAAUCCAUUUUUACUGACAUUUUUUUAGAUAUGUUACAAUUUGUUGAAUGACCAUUAAGCGAGAAAGAUAUUGUAACUACCGGCUGGCCAUCACAGACUCUCAGACAGAACCGUGACAGAACUGCAAUCCAUCCAAAGUUGCAAAACCACUGCAUUAUCUAAUACUACUAAGGGUUCUGUAGACGGCGCAGCUGCUCCGGAAUUCACAGCGUAUGACGCGUUUCCUCGAGUGUGCGCGAGCAACAAAAUAACGGAAAUGUAGCGACAAAGUAACUGCGCUUUAAGACCAGCAACACAACUGACUUUUUACUGUAAGUACAACGCUUAUUUAUUUAUCUUUUAUUUUAAUGAAAAUAUCUAUAUUUAAAGGUGUUAUAGCCUAUUUUUACUGUUACAUUACCAUUCAAAACAAAUAAGCAAGAAAACAUGGUUGCUAUGGCAACCACACAUUAACCGAGGUUGUGCUACAGUAAUUAUGGUUUUUGUUAAAACCAGAUUAACACUAUUGAAAUUCAGACUCUUAUUGGAUUCUUCAUUUUAAAAGUGACACAUUUCAUGCCUGGUUUAUAAAGUAAGAAAAACACAUUACUUAGCCUACUGUGCAAACACAUUACUUUAUAUACCAACCUAAUGUAAGUUAGCAUACACCUUUAAAUCAAGAUCAUAAGAAUCAUUAUAGUAACCCUAAAGUCUUAACUUUGUAUUUCUUAUCUUUGUUACUUUUCGAUCCGAUGCAGUGUCUUAAUUUUGCACUGUAUUUUUACCUUGCAGUCAGUAACUCUAUAAAGACAAUGGAGUAUAAGUUGUACUUGCAAAGCAAGAGUACAAUUCCAAGUAGCACUAAAAGAAGAUGGAGUGAUUGCCAUAAAGGUUUUAGGAAAAAGCAAUAUAAAGCAUGGUUGCAAGAUCCAGUUCGUCAAGAUGACACAUCUAACAGUGAAGAUGAGAACAGUUCCUCAUGCUAUAAGACCGAAACAGCACCACAUCAUACCUCAGAUGACACAUCUAACAGUGAAGAUGAAAACAGUUCCCCAUGCUAUGAGACUGACACAGAAUCAUAUCAUACCACAAUGGAUGCUGAAGCAUAUGACAACACACAGAAUUAUGAUGGAGAGAACCCCAAAACAACACAAGACAAGAUCUAUCCCACUGCUAAGAUUAGUAAUGAAGAAUCACAACUGGCAAUUUUAUGCUAUGCUCUUAGGCACACCACAACAAAAUCCGCUCUUGGUGACUUAUUAGACCUAAUUAAUCUACAUUGCCCAGAAGGAACCAACGGAGCACCAAAUAGUCUUUACACGUUCUUGAAGGAAUUUGAUUAUAAUUCAUUUGAAAUAGUGUACAUCUGCCCCACAUGUCAUCAAUACUUUGGUAAUGAAAUCCCAGCAAAUUGUGAUUCAUGUGGUUUUGAACCAGGGGAUAAGAACUCUCUUAUUAAAUCUGGUGACGUUUUCAUGAAAUUGUCCAUAAGAAAACAAUUGGAAGACAAAAUGUCAGAUUCUACAUUUACAGCAGCACUGAAUUACAAGUGGACCAGAGUCAAAAGCAGUCCAGACAGUGUUCAAGACAUAUUUGAUGGUGAAAUGUAUAAAUCAGUAGGUCCCCUGAAUGAUUCAAAUCAAUUCAACCUUUCACUUACAUGGAAUGUUGAUGGUGUCCCUAUUUUUAAGUCCUCUCCUUUUCACAUUUGGCCAAUCCAAGUAGUAAUUAAUGAACUUCCCCCAGAUAUGAGAAGUAGGCAUGUGCUCCUGGCUGGUUUGUGGUUUGGUGCUUCUAAACCUAAAAUGAAUUCCUUUUUGCAGUCAUUUGUUGAUGAGUGCGUUCAGUUAGAGCAGGAAGGUCUAACAGUGCAGCACAGAGGACAAAGUACACAGAUGUAUGUGUUCAAUCUUGUCUGUGUAUGUGAUUCGGUUGCUCGCUGCUCUGUCCAAAACACUAAGCAAUUUAAUGGUGAAUAUGGAUGCAACUGGUGUUAUCAGAAGGAGAAAUAG